AUGAAUUUAGUAGGGCAGGGUAGAUAAUUUGGUAGAUAGUAGGGAACUAAGGAUAAAUAAUUUGAUUAUAGUGCCCAUAGUGGACAAGAGGACCCUCAUGACAUAGAAUAUGAAGAAAGAGUGUAAGAGAAAGUGUUAAUGGAGGGGUCUACAUCACAUGGAUUGAUUGGGUGAUAAUUCAAGUAAUAGGAAGAUAUUGUGUAAACAUCCCAAGAGGAAUACGUGAUGGUUAUGUGUGUAUGGAGGUUUGCUAGUUGGUACAACUAAAGAUGGGUACAACUUUGACCAGGCAAAUAUUUGAGGCAUGUGCUCCGUUGGCAUUUGACUAUUUAUAUUUUUUCUAUUUGGUCACUGACCUGGCAAAUCAAGCUAUGCUUAAUGAAGCCAUUGAGGAUUGUCUAAAUAGUUCAUCUCAAAGCAGAAAGUGGCUUGAAUUGAUAGAACUCUAGGCAUGGCAACUAUCAGUGCAUUCUAAUUUUUUCCCUAUUAUAGCUGACAAAGUAAAAGUACAAUUCUGAUUAUGUAUCUAGAGUUUCAAAUGUGAGCUUGAAUAAUUGAACCUGCUUCAUGUAUGGCCUUAUGGGUUUGGGAGUUUUAAAGUGGCUUGAGCCUUGGGGUGAAGAGGACCGUGCACCUGCCAUGUGCUGCCCUAUAUCUUUUCAUUACUGUCUGUUUUGGAUCUAGUUUAUGUUGAAGAAGCUAGUCUUGAGAGUUUGCUCAUAAGCUGGCGUACUGGCGACUUAUGGAUAGAGGUGAGGAGAUAAUAUCAGGAGCUCAGCGUAUUCAUGAACCUGAACUUUUGACAAAGCGCGCUAAAGCAUGUGGCAUCGAUGUCAAGACCAUAGCUACUCAUCUCGACUCCUUCAAGUAUGGUGCUUGGCCUCAUGGAGGUUUUGGUGUGGGUUUGGAGUGUGUUGUUAUGCUCUUCUGCAACCUGAUCAACAUUCGGAAAACCUCAUUGUUCCCUUGUGAUCCUCAAAGGCUUGCACCUUGAUUUUGCUGGCUUGGCUUAAAAAUUGUGAUUACAUUCCAAGAUCGAGAUCUUGAAAACAGGUAAUCUAGAGUAAUUAGGUCAGAAAUUGGUCAUAUAAAAUCUCAUGUAAUCCUUGCUGAAUUACAUAUGACGAGUUAUUUUUUUUGAAUGAAGUCUCUACUACAUAUUUGACUGUGUUGCAUGCUUAAUA